AUGUAUCUUCUCUUUCUCUUCCUGUUUUUCCCCGUCGUCUUCUCUCUCAACCAAGAAGGUUUCAUUCUUCAGCAAGUCAAGCGCUCUCUCGACGACCCAGACUCAUCUCUCUCCUCAUGGAACUCAAACGACGCUACUCCAUGUCGGUGGUCCGGCGUCUCUUGCGCCGGAGAUUUCUCUUCAGUUACUUCCGUUGAUCUCUCCAGUGCUAAUCUCGCCGGACCUUUCCCUUCCGUCAUUUGUCGUCUCGCUAAUCUCUCAUACCUCUCCUUCUACAACAACUCAAUCAACUCCACGCUUCCACUCAAUAUCUCGUCUUGUUCGAGUCUCCAAACUCUCGAUCUCUCUCAGAAUCUCCUCACCGGAGAGCUCCCACACACUCUCGCAGAUCUACCUACUUUAACGACCCUAGAUUUGACCGGGAACAACUUUUCCGGCGACAUUCCGGCGAGUUUCGGCCGGUUUGAAAACCUUGAGGUUCUCUCUCUGGUUUACAAUCUCUUAGACGGGACGAUUCCGCCGUUUCUAGGAAACAUCAGCUCGUUGAAGAUGCUGAAUCUGUCUUAUAACCCGUUUAGUCCGAGUCGGAUCCCGCCGGAGCUCGGAAACUUAACGAAUCUCGAGGUUAUGUGGCUUACCGAGUGUAAUUUAGUCGGACAGAUCCCUGACUCGCUGGGUAGACUCACUCGACUCGUUGAUUUAGACCUUGCGCUUAACGAUCUGAUUGGUUCUAUCCCUCGUUCGCUCGGCGGUUUGACCAGCGUCGUUCAGGUUGAGCUUUACAACAACUCGUUGACCGGAGAAAUCCCGUCGGAGCUCGGGAAUUUGAAAUCGUUGAGACUUCUCGACGCGUCGAUGAAUCAGUUAACCGGAAAGAUACCGGACGAGCUUUGCCGUGUUCCGUUGGAGAGUUUGAAUCUCUACGAGAACAAUCUCGAAGGUGAGAUUCCGGCGAGUAUAGCUCUGUCUCCGAACUUGUACGAGCUAAGGAUCUUCGGAAAUCGGUUAACCGGCGAGUUACCGAGAGACCUUGGUCGAAACUCGCCGUUGAAAUGGCUGGAUGUAUCGGAAAACGAUUUCUCCGGCGAGUUACCGGCGAAUCUGUGCGAGAAAGGUGAGCUAGAGGAGUUGUUGAUUAUACACAAUUCCUUCUCCGGUGUUAUACCGGAGAGUCUUGGUGAUUGCCGGAGCUUAACCAGAAUCCGGUUAGCGUAUAACCGGUUUUCCGGUCAAGUUCCUACCGGUUUCUGGGGAUUGCCUCAUGUUUACUUGCUUGAGCUUAUCAACAAUUCGUUUUCCGGUGAGAUUUCGAAUACCAUUGGAGGCGCGUCGAAUCUCUCGCUGUUGAUUCUUUCGAACAAUGAGUUCACCGGACCUCUGCCGGAGGAAAUUGGGUCUUUGGACAAUCUUAAUCAGUUGUCGGCAAGUGGAAACAAGUUUAGUGGCUCUCUGCCUGAUAGUUUGAUGAAUCUUGGAGAAUUAGGUACUCUUGAUCUUCAGGGAAACCGGUUUUCCGGCGAGUUAACUCCUCGAAUCAAGUCAUGGAAGAAGCUAAACGAGUUAAACUUAGCUGAUAAUCGAUUUUCCGGUAGGAUUCCCGACGAAAUCGGUAGUUUGUCUGUCUUGAACUAUCUUGAUCUUUCAGGUAACCUUUUCUCUGGCGAGAUUCCGGUUUCUUUGCAGAAUUUGAAGCUAAACCAGCUGAAUCUGUCGAAUAACCGGUUAUCCGGUGACUUACCGCCUUCUUUAGCAAAAGAAAUGUACAAGAACAGCUUCCUUGGGAACCCGGGAUUAUGCGGGGCUAUCAAAGGAUUGUGUAGCUCUGAGAAAGAAUCUAAGAAGAAAGGCUAUCAAUGGCUUCUAAGAUCGAUUUUCGUGCUUGCGGCAUUGGUACUUGUUGCGGGAGUUGCUUGGUUCUACUUCAAGUAUAGGACUUUCAAGAAAGCUAGAGCUGUGGAGAAAUCGAAAUGGACUCUAAUGUCAUUCCACAAACUAGGAUUCAGCGAGCACGAGAUUCUCGAAAGCCUUGAUGAAGACAACGUGAUCGGAGCUGGAGCUUCGGGUAAAGUUUACAAAGUUGUACUCACCAAUGGAGAAACUGUUGCUGUUAAGCGUUUAUGGACAGGAUCCGUUAAAGAAACAGGAGAUUCUGAUCCAGAGAAAGGCGAAAGACCUCGAGUUCAAGACGAGGCCUUUGAGGCUGAAGUCGAAACAUUGGGUAAGAUUAGGCAUAAGAACAUUGUGAAGCUAUGGUGUUGCUGCACAACGAGAGAUUGCAAACUCUUGGUUUACGAGUACAUGCCUAAUGGUAGCUUGGGAGAUUUGCUUCAUAGCAGUAAAGGAGGAAUGUUGGGAUGGCAAACAAGGUUUAAGAUUAUCUUAGACGCGGCCGAGGGACUUUCGUAUCUUCACCACGAUUGUGUUCCUCCGAUUGUGCAUAGAGAUGUCAAGUCUAACAAUAUUCUGAUUGAUGGAGAUUAUGGUGCAAGAGUUGCUGAUUUCGGAGUGGCUAAAGUAGUAGACUUGACCGGAAAAGCUCCCAAGUCGAUGUCGGUGAUCGCUGGUUCAUGCGGUUAUAUCGCACCAGAAUAUGCAUACACGCUUCGUGUGAACGAGAAGAGCGACAUCUAUAGUUUCGGGGUAGUGAUCCUUGAGAUAGUGACUAGGAAACGCCCGAAUGCUCCAGAACUGGGGGAGAAAGAUUUGGUGAAAUGGGUUUGCACGACAUUGGACCAGAAAGGCGUCGAACAUGUGAUAGACCCGAAACUCGAUUCUUCUUUCAAAGAAGAAAUAAGCAAAAUACUCAACAUUGGCCUUCUCUGCACGAGUCCGUUGCCUAUUAACCGGCCCUCGAUGAGACGCGUGGUUAAGAUGUUGCUAGAAAUCGGCGGUGGAGACGACGAAAGCCAAAGCAAGACAAGAGGAGGCGAUAAGGAUGGAAAGUUAACACCUUACUACAACGAAGAAACCUCAGACCAAGGAAGUGUAGCUUGA